AUGGUCAAUCUCCCGGCUCCCUUCAGCGACAUUUUGCGCUGCAAAUUACUUUUCAAGAAUCCCUCCGAGAUCGAAAGGCUUGAGCGACUGAGUACAUCGACUCCUGAAGUUGCGGCGUUCGAGGUGAGGGAGCAGGAACUGCAGCAAAAUGUCUUCUUCGACACUGUCAUCGUUGCCGCCGCGUCUGGUUCUACAGUACCCUCGGGGGCCGUCUUGAGGUUUAUGAGGAUAACCGCUGGCCAUCUUGGUCUUAGUGCUUCGGAUAUUAACGAGUCCAAUUUCGUGGUUGACGAUCGGUUCACAGGCCCUGCUUACGCAAGGGGGACCCUCUGA